AUGAGUGGACCGAGGCGUCCUGUCCUCCUGGCGCUGGUGUUCUUGCUGGUGACGGUGGGACCGUGCCGAGGGAGAACUGAAUCUCGAGAAAUCACAGACAGACAGACUCUCUUAAACCUCAUCAUGGAGAUCAUUCAAGAACUUAAAAAAUACCACUUGGGGGAAUACAAGAGAUUGCAAUUUUUCAGCAAACAUGACUAUACUUUGGGCCGUAGGGAGGUCACUGACUACGGAGUUUAUCCUGAGGAGCAAAGAGUUGAAAUUGUCCCCCGAGAUCUAAGGAUGAAGGACAAGUUUUUAAAACAUCUUACAGGUCCUCUUUAUUUUAGCCCAAAGUGCAGCAAACAUUUCCAUAGACUUUAUCACAACACCAGAGACUGCACCAUCCCUGCAUGUAAGUGACAACAUCUGUAAAUUCCUUUAUAAAUAUAGGCACAGGGUAGACGAGG